AUGUCAGAAUGUGGAGGGUGGCUUCCAGCAGAUCCACAGCCACACGGACACCCAGACAAGACGACCAGUACUCCAGCCUGUUUUGUUUUUGUGAUCCUCAACUGCCUAUCGUAUUCCAGGUUCUCCAAGCCAGCACCCAUGUUCCUGGACGACUCCUUUCGCAAGUGGACUAGGAUUCGGGAGUUUGUGCCGCCUUUUGGGAUCAAAGGUCAAGACAGUCUGAUCAAAGCCAUCCUGUCAGUCACCAAAGAGUACCGCCUGACCCCUGCCUUGGACAGCCUCCACUGCCGCCGCUGCAUCAUCGUAGGCAAUGGAGGUGUCCUUGCCAACAAGUCUCUGGGGUCACGAAUUGACGACUUUGACAUUGUGGUCAGACUGAACUCAGCACCAGUGAAAGGCUUUGAGAAGGAUGUGGGCAGCAAAACAACACUACGCAUCACCUACCCUGAGGGCGCCAUGCAGAGGCCUGAGCAAUACGAGCGUGAUUCUCUCUUUGUCCUUGCUGGCUUCAAGUGGCAGGACUUCAAGUGGCUGAAGUACAUCGUCUACAAGGAGAGAGUGAGUGCAUCAGAUGGCUUCUGGAAAUCUGUGGCUACUCGAGUGCCCAAGGAGCCCCCCGAGAUUCGCAUCCUCAACCCGUAUUUCAUCCAAGAGGCCGCCUUUACCCUCAUCGGCCUGCCCUUCAACAACGGCCUCAUGGGCCGGGGGAACAUCCCUACCCUUGGCAGUGUGGCAGUGACCAUGGCACUACAUGGUUGUGACGAGGUGGCCGUCGCAGGCUUUGGCUACGACAUGAGCACGCCCAAUGCACCCCUGCACUACUAUGAGACCGUGCGCAUGGCAGCUAUCAAAGAGUCCUGGACACACAAUAUCCAGCGAGAGAAGGAAUUUCUGCGGAAGCUGGUGAAGGCACAUGUUAUCACUGACCUAAGCAGUGGCAUCUGAGUGGGCCCAGCACAUGGCCAUAGAGGCCCAGGCACCACCAGGAGCAAGCAGCAGCCACCGCCACCUAACGCAGGAGUCUCCAGACCCAGAGAAGGACAGUGCCAAGAGGCCCCAGGGGUGGUGAGGCCUUGGCAGAGCAGCCAGAGCUGUGCCUGCUCAGCACCAGCCUCAGAGACCAGCGCUCAGCCUCACUCUCAGCCAGGGUCCUGGAAGCCAGAGGGCCAGUAGCUACUGGCUGUGCCCUGCAGGCCCAGCAUGCAGGAGGUGGGACAUUAGGCAGCAAGGUUGCUGCCGGAAUCAUUUCUCCAAUCAGUGUUCAGUAUAUUAUCAUUUUGUGAAUUUGGGUAGUGGGGAGGGAAGGGAUAAUUUAUUUUUAAAUAAGGUUGGAGAUGUCAAGUUUGGUCCACUUGCCGUGUAGGAAGAGGCCCACUAGAGAUCUCACCAGGCAGUGGUACCAAUAAGCUCCCUGUAGGGCAGGAGUGUCAUCCCAGCCUGUAUCCUGCUCCAGGGCUACAUGGCGGUAGGCAGGAUCUCGUGCCAGCCCCAUCCAGUUUGGCCUUUCUUGGGGAGAAGAUGGGCUAUUUUCAUUCACCAGCCCCUAGCUGUCCCACAGGGAAACCCUGGAGCCAUCCCUUCGGGGCCAACAAGACAGUCCCCAGGCUAGAGCAGAGAGAACUUUAAAGCUCAGAGGUGAGACCCACCUCAGUCUGAUGGGAAUGGCUCCCCUCCCCGGCUGCAACUUAUCCAGAGGACAGUGCCCCAGGCCUGGGCUAACCAACUUUCCAGAUGUUCUGGGUUUCAGCAGACUGCCAGGUCCUUGGGUUCUGCCUCUAGCCUGGACCAGAGGGAAGUGAGGCUCAAGGACCUUACCCAGGCGGUGGCAGCCAUCCCAGAUAGCCCUCAUGGAAGCAAUAAAGCUCUUCCCUGAGCCUGGC